UCUACCAGGAAGUGCGUGCUCACAGGUGGCGAUGGCGCUUUGAAUGAUGUGAAAAGUGACAACUGGAGACUUUGGCGUAUGGCGUGGCUUUUAUGCGCUUUGUAACAGAGAUCUACAGCCACGAUGGCCCAAGUGCGGAUGAGAAACGCAAAAGGGGCGAAUGCGAGUGAAAUCGAGAAGAAAAUUAAGCGCGGUAAUGCCCUGAGACAGAGCUCUGCAUGGCACAGCUCCAGACUGCUCCUGGCCCUGCUGCUGGUGACUGUGUGUGCGUGUGGCGCCUCCCUGUGGCUGUACCUGUCCUCUGCAGACGCUGAUAUCACAGAGACGCUGGUGAGACAGGGAGAGCUGGUGUCCCCUCAGCCCAGAGUCUACCCUGUGCCCUGCUCUGAGGACUACGACCAGCACAAACGCUUCCCAGGCUGUACCCCUCAGAAGUGCGGCCGAGCGGUGACGGACGCCGUAGUGACCAGAGAGGAAGCUGAGGUACUGCGCAGGCUGGCAGAGAGAGGACUGGCGCUGGCCGGGUCAGAGGGAGGAGCUUCCAUACUUGACCUGCACUCUGGCGCGCUGUCAAUGGGCAAACAGUUUGUCAACAUUUACAGGUAUUUUGGAGACCAAAUCGACGAGGUUUUCACACAAGAGGAUUUCCAGCUUUACAGGGAUGUGCGGCGGAGGAUCCAGGAGACCAUCGCACACACGUUUGCUUUGGAUGAAAACCUCCUGUUCCUCACCAAGCCCACCUUCUUCUCCAGAAUCAACAGCACCGAGGCUAAGACGCAGCACGACGAAUACUGGCACCCGCACAUCGAUAAGGUGACGUACGGCUCUUUCGACUACACGUCCCUGCUCUACCUGGCCGACUACGGCAGUGACUUCACCGGAGGCAGGUUCAUCUUCAUGGAUCAAGACGGCAACCGCACAGUGGAACCACGGGCAGGCCGAUUAUCCUUCUUCUCGUCCGGCUCGGAAAACCUGCACCGCGUGGAGAGGGUCACCUGGGGCACCCGCUACGCCAUCACGGUCUCCUUCACCUGUGACCCAGCCCACUCCAUCGCCGACCCCUCGCUGCCAGCCCCGUGAGGCACCCGCGGGCGACACACCGGCCAGCGGCUACCACGCACCAGCCCUGGAACAGACAGAGACACGAAGACCACAAAGACCAGUCAGGAAGUUAUUAAGAGGAACGGACCCUCUUUUUUGCAGAGGGAGUUUUUUUAUUCCCAUUUUCCAUUACUGAUGAUCACUUUUUAUAAUUCUGAUUGUUAUGUGGCACAGUAUUUAUGUUCAGAUGUUUUUCAGAUGUAUGUUGAUAGGAAAUUCUGUAAAGGUUGAACCUGAUCAUUAGGGCUGUGCCAAAAAUCAUAAAAUCAAUGAAUCGCGAUCUCGGUGAUAAGGCAUUUUAUCGGCAGCUCUACAGCCAAUCGUGCGGCAGAAUGAGGACUUAAAGGGACAGUCCAGAAUUUUUGACUUAUUUCCUCGUGAGCCAGAAUGUUGGAGACGUGUAGAGACACUUUUUGAAAUAUUCCAUCCAGUCCUUAUAUUUGCUAGGUGCUAGGCUAGUGCAUGUCAAUGGCCAUAGUUAUCCUGACACCAAAUACAGUCUUACCCACUCCACAAAACACCCAAAUUAAAUCUAUUCAUUUCUCUCCAGCAACUCUGUCAGGAAUCAGAAUACACUGGUUCGCAAAAAUUCCGGAAAUGAGGCACCAGACAAUCAGCAAAGAGCCAUACAUUCUGUGUUGGCAACGAUUCCCAUGGUCGAGGAUUUAAAGCCAGAACAGAGAGAAUGUUUGGUGAAUUUCAUCAAGGGGAAAGACAUUAUUGCCCUUCUUCCUACAUGUAUUGGGAAAAACUUAAUAUACCAGUUAGUCCCGUUAGCUGCGCAUUACAUACAUCACGACCAAAUAUCAGCGACUGGUUAAAUGAAAAAAAGUACCCGCCUACUGUCGAGCGAAGAAAUUCCAAUGCUGUGAGGUCAGACGGUUUCUGCAAAGUAAAAUGAGCUGAUGAAGCAGGCUAGAUGGAAAUGUCUGUGUUGAUAAAAUAAUGUUUGAAAUAAAACUAACCUUGCAUCGCAUGAAUCGUCACAUGUUGAGGGACUAUUUUCUCAGCAGUGGUGGAAUUUUACUUUGCCCUUAAGAUAAGUGCUAGGUGAUCAGUCCGCUGCUGCCGAGCUAUCUAUCAGGAAGUACAACUCCCUGCUGCGGCUCAGACAGAAAUCCUUCAAAUGCAAGGUUGAUUUUACUUCUAAAAUUCUUCUGUCGACACAAACAUUCACAUCAACAGUCUGGCGUAAUACCGUAUUUUCUGACCUUAUUAGGAGCUCUGGAUUAUAAGGCGCACUGUCACAUGAUCUAUUUUUGAACUUUUUUCACAAAUAAACCGCACCGGACUUUAAAGGAAACACAACAGUUGGAUGUGUCAGUGGGACUUUGUUUGUGGCGUUCACGGUGACUCUGGGCUUUGUUCAGUUGUGGCGUGUAGGGAGGGGCUGUCUGGGACCAACGGAUUGUCGGCGUGUUCGCAGUGACUCAGUUGUUCAGUUGUGUCUAGAAGUGGCACAUUGCACUCGCUUUUUUCGGUUCGUUCCUCCGUUCCGUUCCUCGUCGUCGUGGAGUGAUGAGUGUGUCUGUGGGUGUUUUUCGCUGUGCGGUUGCUGUCUGCUCCGUGUGUGUUUGCGUGUUUUGCGGGUGAUGCAGCUUUGUAGUUUACUGAAGUCGUGCUGGGACACCUGAGUGGAUUCGUGUAUAGGGUGCUCUGGAUUGUGGGGCGCGCAGUUGUUUUUUGAUGGGGCUUAAGAGCGCGUCCAAUAGCCCGGAAAAUACGGUAAUAGAUUUUCUUCGGGUGUUUUGUGGAGUGGGUAAGACUGUUUUUAGUGUCAGGAUAACUAUGGCCAUUGACAUGCACUAGUCUAGCACCAGUGACCUCUGCAAACACAAGGACUGGAUGGAAUAUUUCAAAAAGUAACUCCACACGUCUCCAACACUCUGGCUCACUAGGAAAUUAGGUCCUACGUCCAAAAUUACAAACUGUCCCUUUAACGUCACAGUGCGUCUGUUUCCUCAGGAGUCCUCAUGUUUCACAAAUUUGGACUCAAAUUUGCUUAAAUUUACUAAAAUUCCAGUGUCUCCUUCUCUCUGUGUCUGUGUUCGGCGCUGUCGGCCCCGCUCACCCUUUCUGGUUCAGUUCCUCACCUUUUCUCCUCGUUCUCUCUGAUCAUUGUAAUCCAAGUUACGGAAAGUUAAUGACGUCCAUUGUUUGUUUUUUUUUAUUUCAAUUAAGAAUGAAAAACAAUAAAAUGGGAAAACAGUUUGUUAUUUCAUUUUCCGUUUUAGUGUCAAACAAAAAAACAGAUUUCGACCUCUAUUUUCCAAUAUUUAAUUAAAAGUUUAUUUCAAAACUGUCUCGGUGCCUAUUUUAAUUUUGAUAUUUUUUUCUCUCUGGUUUAUUUGUCUUUGGAAAUUCUGCUGCAGUGUCAACCAUGGAUCCAUAAUAAAAACUAUUAUAGAUUAUAUUUCGGCAGUAUCAGAUGAACAAAGGAGAGUUUAUCGCUUCUUGUUUCUCGUUGUGGAGUUCAACAAUGACUUUCUAAGACACGAAAGUAAACGUGUCGCUGUAAAAGAAGACGACACAUUCGUCUACGAAACUGCAACCAUUUUUCAGGUAAAUCCUUCUAGCAGCAGAACUUCUGGGACAAAUAAACCAGAGAGAAUAAACUAUCCAAAUUAAAAUAGGCACCGGGAUAGUUUUUUCAUUAGUGUUAUUUGAACUAAGCUUCAAAAUAAAUAUUGUAAAUAGAGGUUGAAACCUGUUUUGUUUUGGGGUUUUUUUUUACACUAAAGCGAAAUAGUGAAGUAACAAAUGUUUUCCCAUUUUAUUGUUUUUCAUUCUUAAUUCAAAUUCAAAAGAACAAAUGGUACACGGACCAUUUUCUCACCAUUUAUGACUAAAACUUAAGUCCUGAUUUAGUGCACUGACAUUGCUCACGUUUCUGUUGAUAGCGGUGGCUUUUGCUUAUGCUUUUAGGUUUAAUAUUUUGUAUACAAACUUUAAAUGUGGAUUUUUCAGACAUUAUUGGUUCUAUUAACACAAAAUGAAAACUGUAAUGAUCCUGACAAUAUCAAUUUUCAAUGAGAUGGAAGAAGAUUGAACCAAAAAUCAAGAUCGAUCAAUAUGGGAAAAAUAAAUUGUGAUUCUUUUUUCCUUAUAUUGCCCAGCCCUACUGAUCAUGUAAAUUAGUGACUCAACCCAUUGUCCUAAUACAUUUAAAGGUCCUAUAGUAUGCAAUUUAACUCUAAUGUUGUCAAAAACAGACCAGGAGUUGUGUUUUGUUUCAGUCACAUGCUUCAGUAACACUGCAUCAUUAGUUUGUCUACAUCAGGAGUCUCCAACCUGUAGCUUGGGAACUAUCAGUAGCUCUCUGCCCCUUUCCAAGUAGCUCGCCAAAGGAUUUUAGAAUUUUACUUAUUGUGCUGGAUUGAUUAAAUGUAGAGUGACCAGACAUCCUAGUUUACCCAGGACAGUUCCAGUUUUGAGCCGUGUCCCCUGUCCCAGCAGAUUUAUCGAAAACCACUGAUUUGUUCAAGUUUUGUUUUCAAGUUUUCAAGAAAUGUCCCUGGUGUUCCUAUUUUUGACCAAGUUAAUCCCUGCCAACAGUAAAGAGAGGCAUAAAUUGUCACUUGUUUAGGUAAAAUACAGAAAAGCUGCUUAAAAUGACCAAAACCAAAGAAAAUGUGACUGUAUUGACUCAUGUUAGUUGGGCCGAGUGCAGAACAAUUCUUCUUAAUUACACACUUGACUCACAAUUCACGAGGAUGUCCUGAGCUGGAGUUUUUGAUUUUGAAAAUCUGGUCAUCCUAAUUAAAUGCCCUUUACCACUGUAAAUGUAUAAUCUUGAUGCAUAACUUUUACACUAGUGAAUGUUGAAUGAAUUAAUCUAAUUGUACCCUUCUAAGGCUCACCGUGGCCCUUAAUUUCUUGUGACCCCUAAAACUAGUAACUCUCUGGCAUUUUCGUUUUGUAAAAGUAGCUCACUAGACGAAAAAGGUUGGAGACCCCUGGUUUACAUCUCCAAAGCUCAAAAUGCUCUGUUCCAUCUUGUGAUGUUAUGAAGCAGUAGUUUUCAGUUAAGAGCUUCUUUAACCUUGGUUCAGUACAGAUUAUAAAUUCCAGGGCUGAAAUGAUCCAAAUGAAUCUAGUGAAGGUGUAUGGAGGUUAAAAACACAAUGGAGCACUUCCUGUAUUACCACAUGACAUCACAAGGUCGAACAGUGUUUUUUUCUGUUUGAGAGAAGAACUCGGUCUCAAUUUGCAGACAAAACAAAACUCCAGGUCUGUUUGUGAUGAGGAAACAUUAUAACAAAUCAGAAAAUAGCACAAUAUGGGCCCUUUAAUAUUCAUUCCACAAAAUCUACGGACAAAUAGAAACAUUUACAGGACCCCAUGUUGACCAGAGGAAUCUGAAGUCAUGACAUACAAAGAAUCAGAAUUUUUUUGAGGGGGCCAUAUAAAGCUACCAUUUGUAAAUAGACUGGCUGACCCUCCCCUUUUGCAUUCUCACAUAUCACCACUAGAGGCUGUCCAUGUUAAUGCUGUUUGAAAGUGUGCCAGCUUUAGUGUGACAGAAGAAAACCACAGAGCACAGGUGACGGAAGGUACAGGUUUCACAUUUGAUAUUUAGUGGUGGAAAAAAAAUAAAUAAAUAAAUAAACUUACAUGUGAUGGUAGCUUUAAAGCAGCACUAUGCAAAUGUUUAAAAUGUAUCUUGAUCUUAACUGUUACUUUUCUGGUGCAGGGGUCCGUGUUAUUGAUUUGCCUGGAAUGUUGACCAGUAUGACAUUAGUCUUUCGUGAUAUUUUUGUGACCUAUAAACUAGAAGUCGACCAAUAUGUAUUUUUUCAUGACUGAUGCCUAUUGUUACGAACCCAGAGCAGCUGAUACGGAUGGAUAUAGAUGAUUUUGCCCAAAUUAUAUCAUUUGACGUUACAAUAAACUCAUCCACAGCCAUGUUUUACUACAAAUUCAAUCCAAUCCACUUUAUUUCUAUAGCACAUUUCAUAAAGAGUUUCCAAAGUGCAGCACAAAUAUAUAAUAAUAACAUCAAUAAUAAUGUAAGGAUAAAAUAAACACUCAGAUUGAAUAAUACUAGUCUUAAAACAAUAAAACAAGCAAAAUAAAAUCAGAGCAAAACCAUAGAAUAGCAAUAAAUAAGUAAAACCAAUAAAAUAAAGUACACAAAGGACCACACGACUCAUCCGGUGUUAAAAGCCAGAGAGUAAAAUUAGGUCUUAAGAUGAGACUUAAAACACUCCAGUGGGGGUGUGGAGGACAAAGUGGAUAAGAGCUGUACAGCCACAUUUUGUGCAGUGUCCUGUUUGUGGUCAAGUGUUCAAAUGAGGUUUUAUGCAUGUGCAGUAUUUUAGGCAGCUGUCUGACCCAAACAAGACAUCGGCCUGUGCUACAGAUUUACGCCUGGUAGUGCAAAGUGCAAAUAUCAGCUCUCUAUCUAAACUAAACACACCCAUUAUGAAAUAAAAAACACAGACUGUAUCUUGCUGAGUUUCAGAUGACAUCACAACAUUCUAUAGGUCAAUAUAAUUUAAUACAGAUGGGGGCAGAUAAAAUGAAUACUAAUUAACUGCAGAUUUUUGUUGUAAUACAGCAUAGUCUUGAGCAGACCUGGGCAUUGUCCAGCUCCCGGACCCCAUACAGCCUCUGACCAUCCUGUUUAAACUCAUUUGGAAUUAGAAAAUAAAUAUAUUUUAUAAUUUGACCUCCUGCAUGGACUAAAGCUGCAUUACUUUUAUUUUAGAGGUGUUGUUUUAAUGACAUUUUUUGUAAGGUAGUCUCACUUUUUUAUUGCUUAGUCAUAACAUCAGGGUUCCCAUGGUCAUGGAAUUCCAGGCCUGGAAAAUUCAUAGAAUUUUGUAAAUUAAAUGAAAGUUUUGGAAAAGUCAUGGAAUUUUAGUAUCUCAUUCACGCACCUACAGCCUUCUGUUAAAUUCUCAUUAGACUAUUCAGAUUAUUUUUGAACAUUUGCACCUUUUGUUUAAAAGAGACGACAAUAAAUGCACUCACAGUAUUUUAAAUGUUCAAAAACUAUAAUCUCAAACCAUAAGGUGAGUGGAAAAGGUUAACAUUUUAUAUUUAGCUCUAAAGGUCUGAUCAAUUCUACACAUGUAGGAGCUGUAAAGUCAUGGAAAAUUCACGUUAGGUCAUGAAAAAUUCAUGGAAGAUUUUGGAAAUUUUGUCAGUAAAAAAGAGUGGGAACCCUGUAACACAGGGUUGUCCAAACUUUUUUCGUCAAGGGCCACAUAUCUAAACACAGACGAAGCAGAGGGCUGAUCGAGGCGAGUCAAUAAUAGAAAUGACCAGGGUCCAUAUUUCCAAAUCAGGCUCUUUCUUUCCCUGAGGUCACUCCCACGGGAGUUAGCAACAGGUUUGAUUGACAGCGUUGCUAAGCGCCCGUUCCCUGCCAAACCAGCCGAAAAGAGCCGUUACAUUUAUCAUAUUUUUCAGAAUAUAGGGUGCAUUGGAUGAUAAGGCGCAUAUCAGUAAUGUUGAAUUCUCUCGUCCAGGUGCACUGGAUUAUAAGGCGCAUUAAGUGAAACGGACGACACUUGAGACUGAUCCUUAGCCCAGGUGUCCACAAUCCAUUAGCAGAUCGUGACAUAUUUUGCCCAGUGUUGUCUCCCUGUCUUGGUGAAUGUGGAUUAUGAAUGUGAAUGUGGGUGGAUCAUUUAAGUUUUUUUUGUUUUUUGUUUUAUUUCCUAUAUACAUUGAGUAAUAAUGUGUUUAAUGCAGCUUUGUGCACAUUUGUUUACGUUUACAGAAACGAAACUUAAAACCACAUGGCUCAUUUACAUAAACUAUAAGUGCUGAAAAAAAACUGCUCACUCCUUGUGUGCUGAUACGGUUCAGCUUCUGUCGGACUUCACGAGGCUCCUGACUACAGUAGCCGUAAUGCUCUUGACAAUCCAUCAAGCGGUGCGGCUUUGUAGUUUACCAAAGUUGUACUAAAACAUUUUGACAGAUUUUUGAGCGCCGUGUACCACAUAAAAUCUGUUCGAAGUCAGUAAACACAACCAGAAUUAAUACAUAAGGCGCACUGGAUUAUAAGACGCACUGUGGAUUUUAGAGAAAAUGAAAGGAUUUGAAGUGCGCCUUAUAGUCCCCGUCCACAAUAUGUAUGUACGUUUUUGAGUUGUUUGCGUUGUGGAUGCAGUGUUCGUUCACACUAAUCCCAUUGAAAACGGUUCCAGGGACGGAACGAUCUGGUGCUUCCAGCUCCCACAAAUUCAUCUGAUCCGGCACUGUGUGGACACCUGAAAACGCUGAUGUAGGUCUAUGCACCACGAAAUAAUUCAUCGCCAAAACGCUAAGAGGCUAGAAUAUAUGUCCAUUCAUGUAUACGGCCUGUGUGUACGACCUGCAGACGUAUAAUCUCUAAAAAGUUUGACAUGAAUCAUCUCAAACACGACAGAAGCACAGAACAGACUCACCAUCAGCAGAACACCCCUCUGUCACAGAAAGAACACUCAUAUUCCACUGAGUCGUGUCCUUUAGUCCGACAGAAGCUGAACCGAAUCAGCGCUCAGUUUAUGCAAACUAGCCAGGCGGUUUUAAGUUUCGUUUCUGUAAAACGUAAACACAUAUUCUCAAAGUUGUGUGGAUAGGGAAGACUUGCGGAAACAGAAACGAGAUGUGUGGACGCAGAUCGUUUCCGAUACAGUGAUACUCGGAUUUGUUUCAGUGUAAACGGUGUAAUAGUCUGAAAAAUACAGUAAUAGUCUCGCUCUUGGCUCUUUGGUUACUAUGACACUAACGGUCGGAAUUCCAAAUGUGAAACUCUGCUCCAGAUUCACCCCUAUAACAGUCAGAAACAAUGAGCUUCAUUUGACUGGAGUUGAACGCUACAGGUGACAGACUCUUUUAGUCCACUUUUUAAUUCACUCUAUAAUAAAAACUAAACCUAAAAGUUGUACUCUGCAUUCCAGGCAAAAAUAAAAACAACUUUCCAUUAUAGAGCCUUUUAAGAAAAACUGUGCUCAGUGUGUGCCAAGUUUUCUACCAAUUAUCAAAUUAAAAACGUUUGCCAAAUGUGUAUUACUGUUCAUAAAAGUUGAGUUUGAUGAUACAAAAUAAAACCCGCUGUGUGGAAUCAAUACAAA